AUGGAACAUGUACGUUUGCCAUUAUUAGCAUCAAGGCCUGAUGUAUUAAUUAAUGUAGUCGAAGAACCUCUUCUAAAGAAUAGUCCUAAAUGUAAAGAUUAUAUGUAUGAAGCAAUACAAUUUAAUCUAUUUAAGUCAGUUCAGCAUUUCACCAUUCCCCUAACAAUUAGGUGUAAACCCAGGCAGUUUGGUGAUUCAGCAAAAGUUAUUCUAAUGUUCAAUCGGUCUGAAACAUUGACAAAGUGUUACACAGAAUGGUAUGACCCAACAACCAAGCUAAGAGAGAAUGCACCAGGGUUAAAUGAAUGUCGUAGGUUAGCUGGUCUCGGCGUCAUAAGAGACCAGUUUGUUUUUGCUGUAGGAGGUGUAAAUGAAUCAAGUUCUAAGACUGUUAGUAUGCUUGACGUAUCUUCACAAUCGCCCUCCUGGGUUCCGAUGGUCGACUUGGUAGUUAGCCGAAAACGAUUGGGAGUUGGUGUAUUGGAUGAUUGUAUAUAUGCAGUUGGUGGAGGAGAUCUCAUAAAUGCAUUAAAUAGUGUAGAGGUAUUUGAUAUUAGUAUUCAAAAAUGGAGAACUGUAACUAGUAUGUCUACUAAAAGAUGUGAUUUGGGUGUUGAUGUACUCAAUAAUUUAUUAUACGCGGUUGGGGGUGCUGCAGAUAAAAAUACAACUUUGAGUUCUGUGGAAUAUUAUGAUCCUAUACUUGACACAUGGACACCAGUUGCAAAUAUGUCUAGAAGCCGUCAUGGUGUUGGUGUAGGAGUCUUGGACGGUCUUAUGUAUGCUAUUGGUGGCCAUGGUGGAGGAAAGUAUCUCAAAAGUGUUGAGGUUUAUAGACCGAGUGAUGGAGUUUGGUCUUCUGUAGCUGAUAUGGAAAUAUGCCGAUUUCGUCCUGGAGUAGUGGCAUUAGAUGGUUUAUUGUAUGUGAUGGGCGGAAGGUCUGAUGGUUCCUUCUAUAAUGAUACUGUAGAAAUUUACAACCCGAACACCAAUACAUGGACCUUGGAGAGAUUGUCAAGAAAUGAAGUAAAAAUUUAUGGUGGAGUAGUUGUUGAUAGACCACAUCAUUAG